AUGGUUGGAGAUUCCCGCGAGUCGUCCGAGCACUCGCCGCGAGUCUGUCCCACUCGGCACCUGCUGGCGCCACAUGCGCCACAUGCGCUUCGCGAGGACUUUCUCCGCCUUAGUUGCGGCUGCGCGCUCCAGAGCACAGACUGCUCUGCCGUCCCCAGCGGAGACAGGCUGCCGCAAGACGAGGCUCCCGUCACUCCUUUGCCCGCGCGGUGGGAGAAGGUUCUUUGGCGCCGCCAGGCUUUCCCAGAUAACUACGUCGACGAGAGCUUUCUCGACUCGCUCAUCUGCAAUGCUAACAUGCGGGCGUACGUGUACGCGGACCUGUGCCGCGCAACCGCAGCCGUGACCCAGCACAUCAGUCUCUUGGUGGCCUUCACCGUCGUCUACAUCAUGCUCGAGAAGAAGCGAAUCUCUGUCGGUUCUCUGUUCGCCGUCGACCUCGCGCUUCUCUUUCUGGGGUUCGUCCUGCGCUUCCUCGCCGACGAGGCACUCCAGAGCACGUGGCGAGGGCUCUGGAGCAGUUUCGUCGGCAUGGGGUGUCUUCGCAUCCUGGCCCCCAUCCUUCGAACGCUCACCCAAGCCUUCAGCGACGACACCGUCGUCUGUCUCUCAGUUGUGAGUCUCCUGGUCCACGUGGCGUUGACCGACUACUCCUACAUCUACCGAAACCCCGGCAAAAUCGAUGAAUCUCUGCAACGGGCGAUGAGCAUCAACGCCGCCCUGUUGGCCAACGUCGUGCUUGCCUCGCGGCUCUCCUCCUCAACAGAAGUGUUCGCGGUGUUAAUCUUUGGAAUUGAGAUCUUCACCAUCAGUCCCAUGGCGAGGCGCAUCCUGUGGCAAAGAUAUCCAUGGGCGUUCGUCCAGGUUCUCACGCCGACACUCGUUCUCUCCACUGCGCUUCUGCUGAGUCUAGAAGCCCCCGCUAGCAUUGUACUCCUUUUUCUUUUCUCGAUUGUUUUUAUCACGUUUGUCGGCCCCUACUGGCUGAUCAGUUCGCAAAAGUACAAACAUGAGAUCAAAGGCCCAUGGGACGUAGCAGAGGUCCCAAACUACGCGUGA